AUGGCUCAGCGAGCACUUCGUCCAAACUUGCCGUUCCACGCACCCCUGCAGACGCGCGCGCGCAAGAAUCUCUUCGUUACAACUUGCCCAUUCGACAGCAACCCCGGCAUGCGUGUGGCUACCACAAAAAGGGGUGGAUUCCCUUGGAAGAAGAUUCUGUCGUACAUGGCGGUAUCGGCCACGAUAAUUCAAGGUCAUGGAUGA